AUGAAGCUCCAAGAUAGUUAUAAAUCGUAUGAAGAAUUCGAAAGAAGUUUUAGAAUCUACAAAGACACACAUUUUGUAGAUUAUUUUAUUAAAGACUGUAAGACAUUGGCCUCCAUUAAUACAAAAUUCCCAAAUGGUAGAAUGGUUACUGCAUCAAGUGAUUUGAAAUAUUAUUAUAUAAAAUUUUGUUGUGUACAUGGAGGAAGCUACAAAAAAAAAAAAACACUUGAACAACGUUCCACAUCUACAUUGCGCCAAGGCUGUGAAGCUGGCAUUUAUUUGAAAGCAUCAGAUGAUGGAAAAUCUUUGGUCAUAACAAAAAUGACCGAGGACCACAACCACGAGGUUUCCAGGGUAUUAUACAGUUAUCUCCCUAAUCAAAGAAAGAUCACACCUGAAAAUAAGGCUAUUGUAUUGGAGUUGAUGGACCUUAAGGCAAAUAAAAAAAUGAUACAACAUAAAAUAAUGAACGAAACUGGGAAAAUUGUUACUUUGAAAGACUUAUCAAAUAUUCAUACUACAGGCAGAAAAAAUUAUUCAAAUAACAAUUUAGUGGAGGUUGUGAAUAAAUUAAAAACUAAAUUUAAUUGUAUUGUUGAAAUAUCAACAGAUGAGGCAAAUAACCUAAAUGGUAUUUUUAUACAGGACAGAUUCAUGACUGAAUCGUUUGAAGCAUUUCCAGAGGUAGUUUUUGCAGAUGCUACAUACAAAUUGCUUGUUUUAAGACUGCCAGUAUACGUAUUAAUGACGGAGGAUGGAGAUGGACAGAGCGAAAUAGCAGCAAUCGGCUUAUUAGUUAAUGAGGAAGAAGUUACCCUACGCUGGUUUUUUGAAACUUUAAAAAAAAAAAACCCAAUUUCGGCUAAAACUCGAGUAUAUAUAACGGACAAGGAUAUGAAAGAGAGAAAUGUUAUUAAGCAAAUCUUUCCUAAUGUUGCACUAACAAUAUGUUUAUUCCAUACACUAAAAACAUUUAAUCGGGAAAUUACCAGUGAUAAGCGAAAUAUCACUCCCAAUGAAAGGGACACGAUAAAAGAAGUAAUUCAAAACAUUGUUUAUUGUAAGUCAGAAAUGGAKUAUGACAAUUUAUACCAAUACUUGAAAACUGUAGCACCUGAGUCAGUCAUGGAAUAUUAUAAUAAAAACUGGCAUGGAAUAAGGGAUGAAUGGGUUAUAGGCAUGACUUAUAUGACAGGAAAUUUAAUGAACAAAACAAAUAACAGAUUAGAGAGUUUCAACGGGAAACUCAAAUCUGUUAUUUGUUGUUUUUCCACUUUGGAAAAUUUUGUAGAAAAAUUAUUCAUUGUUCUUAAAAGCAUUAGAUUAGAACGCGAUAAAAAUGCUGUGAAGUUAGUUCAGAAACACCCUAUUCAAAUGACUCAAACUCCUGAAUUAGAUAAUUAUUACAAUUUGUUAACACCUUAUGCAUACAAUUUAAAAAAAAAACAGUUUGAAUAUGACGAUGAAAGUAUUACUCUUAAAAAUACAACUGAGAAUACCUGCAGUUGUAUUUUUUAUAACUCUAUGAGACUUCCGUGUUGUCUUUUUUUUAAAGUAAGAAAACAAUCACUGACACCUUUAUUUGAUGCUGAUUUGUGUGAAAAAAGAUGGACAAGAAAUUAUUAUUAUAAAACUCAAAGGGUUUUUAAAAAUGUUGAGGUUGUUGUUUCUGAUAGUGAUACUACAGUAACUACAUUAUAUAGAAAAAAGAAAAAAGUCCCGACAACUCACGAAAAGUUCAGAAAAGCAACAUUAAUAAGUGCAAAGAUUGCUGAAUUAAUUUCCCAAGCUUCAAAUGUUCAUUUCUAUAGAAAAAUUGAACAGCUUGAAUAUGUAUAUAAUAAUUGGUUGAAAGGGCAUGAAGUAUCUAUUAAAGUGUUAAAUGUAGAUAAUGACUUUACUGAUGAUGUUGAAAAUGAAGAUUUAGAAAAUCAUAACAGACAGGAUAACUACCCAGACAAUGAUAUUGUGGAUGUAAACGAUAAAACUAUGGAUGCUGGAUUCUCAGAAAAUGUUAACAAUCAGGGUAAUUAA